AAGUAAUACGCACCUCAGAAGCUCAUUUCGGCGCCUUCUUCCUUCAUUACCGUAUACUUACCGCUCACAACGAUAAUAGAAAGAGCAACGAGUACCGGGGAUAUUUUCAGCCUGCGUUGGGCCUUGGAGAGGCUGCUCGGGCCUAGGAAUGCUGGGCAGUUCACCGAGAAGGACCUGCACCGGCUAGAGAAAAGUGGCUACACUACGCUAGAGAAGCUGAAAAGUGCGACCUACGCUGGACUUCCGGCCCUGAAACCCGCGAGGGCGGACCAAAUUAUCCACGCGCACGGUGGGGGCAAUUGCUACUGCCCCUACGCAACAGACAUGAUGGAGGCUCUGCGCAGCAUACAGGUGGUGCCGGGGCCUGGCGAGUUGCUGAAGCUGGGGGCCACCUCCUUCCUUCUCCACCCCGAGCAUGAUGCAAUCUUUGUCCGAGAAUGCUAUCCGCGGCUCUUUGAUGCUCUUGUGUGCAAGCCCCGGCCCAGGUUGUACAUUGUCACAGGGACGCCCGGCAUUGGAAAAACCUAUUUCUUCUACUACAUUCUGGCGCGGCUCCUGAAGAGCGCCCGGCCACCCCCCUUCAUUGUGUGGGAGCACAUGAUGGAGCCAAACAUGGCGUGGUGCUACACACACGAGACAGGCGAGGUGUUCAAGGGGGAGCGUUCAAGCUUUGAUGAUGUGCUCAUGAACCGCGCCACCUGGUACAUCACCGAUGGUGUACAACCGCGGCUCAUCAACUGCCUGGCGCGCACUGUGCUGCUGACACCGCCCGAGCGUCAGACAUUGAAGGAGAUGAUCAAGAAGGGCGCGGACAAGCUUUACAUGCCGUGCUGGGAGCUGGGCGAGCUGCUCGCGUGCAGGAGGCUGCUGUAUGGCACCGUGGAUGAGACCCUGGCCAAGGAGCUGUACCAGCACUAUGGCGGUGUCCCAAGAUUUGUGUUGUGUUUCCCGGAAGCCAACCCCAGCAAAGGCUUGGACGAGCUGCUGGAGGAUCUGCAUGAGGCAGUGGCCAGCUGCGACACCAAACAGUUGCGAAUGUCAGUUGGCUCAAUCAGCACGGGGCCGGAUGUAAGCCACAUGCUGCUACACAUUGUGGCCGACGAGAACUUCAAGAUGCAGCACCUUGUCUUUGCCAGCAAGUGGGUUGCAGAGGAGUUCGUAAAGAAGGCGGUGCACUAUGAGCUGCAGGGCUUAAUCAGCCUUCUGCUCUCCACGUCGGGGGCGCUCAACCGCACGCUUUACGAGGCCGCGGCGCACGCCGUGCUGUCCAAGGGCGGUCGCUUCACUGCUGCGCCGAUCAGCUACGGCAGGGAGUCAUUCUGGCGAGGGGUCGAGGAGGCACUGGAACUCAUGCCCCACAUAAAGCAGGAGCUCUUCAAGUACCUGCCGGACACCACCAGGGACAAGCCACCAUCCGUUGUGGAGGGCGUGUAUGCACAGCUGCAGGGGGGCACCAAGCGCGGCGCCCAGACGUUCCUGGCGGGUGAGGCGCACAAGCUCGCCAGGACGGAGCCGCCCGAGUCGGCCGCGCCCACGCAGCAGCAGGCGCAGAAGCUUGCUCGCGCCAAGGGCAUCGUUCCGGGUGCUGAUGCGCGCGCUGACAAGGCCCAGCCCGCCGACGACGCCGCGGCCAAGAAGGCGGCCGCGGGCAAGGACAAGGGCAAACAGGAGGCUAAGGGGAAGGAGGAGGCGCAGCCCAAGGAGAAGCCCAAGGGCAAGGGCAAGGAGGGCAAGCCCGCACAGCCAGCCGACGGCGCCGCCGCGUCAAAGGGCGUCGCCACCCCCACGACCGAGCCCGAGUACCGGGAAGCCCUCGUGGCAAUGAUCCGCAGGCGGAAGGGCCCCGUGCAGCUAAGCGUGCUGGGCAGCGGUGUCAAGCGGCCGUCGGCGGUUGGUGGCAAGCUCAAGGCGUACCUCGAGUCGCACCCGAACCUGUUCGCUGUGACGCCGGCCGGCGUCACCCUCAAGGGCCCGCCGGCGGCAGCGGCCGCACGGAGGAAGGGCAACGAGUGAGGGAGGGGCGGGGGUCACCGGCGGGCACGGCGACGUCAUCUGGUGGGCGCAGCGGGAGCGCCGCCAGGCUUAGGGUGAGGCGUCGGUGGCGGCGCAGGCGCGCGCUGCGGCGCGCGGCGGGUGCGUGCGGAGCUGCUGCUGGGCGGCCUCUGGCCGUGGCGCGCGUGCCGGCGCCCCAGCAGUGCUCUCAGGCUGCUGUGCGAGGUUGAGUACGGCUGCGACUUGAGGCUGCUGCAGACAUACUGUACGCGGUGGUUUCGUGUCGCUGGCACGGGGGUGGGUGGAACGAGGACGAGGGCGCGGCGCCGGCGGCCAUUGGGGGGGGGGGGUUGACAGCGCCGGCGGGCUGCGGGCGUGGGUGGCGGCGGCGGCGGGCGUGGGGCGGGGGCGGCGCGACCCAGGGAGCCUGAACAGGCGGCUGGCGGCCGCCGCCACCAGCCCCACGGACGACUGGGGGGACAAGCUGGAAUGAGUGCUUGAUGCCGCUGGCGGCGGCGCCAGAGGUGGUGGCGCAGGAGAUGUAUGGCGGCGGUGGUGAUUUGGCCGCCGCAGAAGCAGCAGCAGCAGCAACAGCAGCAGGCAAAGACACAGCUGCGGUGCGAGUGGGAUUGCCGCCCCACCAAGGACCACCUGCUGUUGCGCCGGCCGGACUUCCUGCAGCGCCUGUUGGCGGUGCGCGGGGUGCCUGGUACAUGGAGCACCACGAACUGGUGUUUCGCGAGGGGGGGCUAGCAUCCAGAGGCUCAUGAGCAGCGGUCGGACCUGGCGCUCAAGUUGAUUGUGAUACACGGCAGCGGGUACAGCAGCAGGGCCGUGCUAAGCGGCAGCGGGUGUAAAGCGCUGCUAGUGCAGGAGAAUGGAAGCGGCCAGAUGCUGGGCGUGAGACGAUGUCUAGUGGGAGGUCGGUGGUGUAAAGAGAGACUGGGCCCGGACUGUGGGUGUGAUUGUGGGCUGCACAAUAGCGAGAAAGCUUGUGUCAAUAGCUUGGUAGCUGUGUGGGCACAUGUAGUGAGAAGUCUCCUGACAUUUCGUAUGCAAUACUAGCAUUGUCGUUCUAUGUCUAUGUAGUGAACCAAUGAUUGCUGGAUGUGUUCCGUGCAGCCAAUGCUGCACUGUUGGGUAUCAAGGCAACAGGAUUGCCAUUGUUGCGCGGCUGUGUGCUGCUACAGCGGCACUCAGUGCCGGGUCCGCAGCUGUGAGCGUCGCUUGUGUUCUUGUUGGGGUGGAGAGAACAAGCGUCCUUGUGUGUGGUGCGGCGUGCAUAGGCGUGCAUUGCUGCACGGCAAGGUGGCGGCAGUGACUUGUAAGAUGGGCUCAAUUGCAAGAUCUUGAAGAGGGUUUGGGGUCUGCGUGCCGUAGCACAAUCCAAUAUUUUGCCAUUCUGCGUGUGUCAAGGCGUGCAUGGCUGUAAGCAUAUAUGACUAAACAACAUCUGUUGUCCCGUCGAGGGCGUGUGGGUACCGUAUGGGCUUCCCGCACGGGCGCCAAGAGCGCCCCAAAAUGGGCUUCGAGAACAGGGGCACACGCAGCGGUCAGACACCGCUCAGGCGGUGGCGUGAGGGGAACAGCGUGGCAAUGUCGCCGGCUGGUUUCUGCAUGGCGCUGAAUACGGUACUGCUGCUAUUGCGUCAUACAUAAAUUCAGCUGAAAGUGAUCGCGGUGUGAUUAUCACACAAUAGAAGCCCAAAAUGUUUCCAUUGCUGCCCGUGUCCUGGCCCGCAAGUUGAUGCAUGGCCUGUGGCCGGGGCCCCAGCGCGUAUGUAUAACUGUAUGGAAACAAAUGCCACGGUAAUCACGUAUGGAGUCCCUGACACUGCACCUGUGCUGAAGUCGACACGGUGUUCAGGCUAUAUUCAACGGGCCUGUGACUCACUAUACAAAGGCACGUAAGCCGGGAAAGUGAGCAGUGUGUGGCUGGUAUCACUGUACCUGUGACGCUGUGGAUGUGCUAUUGCUAGGAUGGUCAUGAGGGUCUGUAACGCUGUACGCAGGGUAAUGACACGGUAAACACGUAAGGGUACCUGCGCCUGUGGCUGUGCGAAUUUGACAUGGUAGGAAGGGUGUUUACUGGGCCUGUGAGUGGUUGUACAGAUGUAUGUAGAGGUACUCUACAGGGGGAGUAGGUGGUGUGGUGGGGUUAGUCCGUCACGGUAGGUAACUGAAUCUGAUCCAAACAGUCAAGUCGGUGGAGCGGUUUUGACCUGGCCAUCGCUGGCUGACAGAUGAAUGCUUG